AUUUAUUUUGGCCGCGUGCGGGUGUUUGAGCAGCGUCCCCUCGCCUUCUCCAGCCACAGCCGCUUCUCCAACCUGUGGUGCGCGGCCACGAUGCGACCCAGGGGCAUCAGCAGCAGCCAGUGGAUUUAGGAUGAUGAUUUAGGGCAUGCUAAUAAUGAAUUAAGGAAAUGCUAAUCAUGCUCACGGUGCCCUGGGGGUGUAUUUCGGUGUAUUCCUACAGCACGGCCCUGUGCAGGAGCAGGGCAGUGCCUCCCUCCUGACCUCCGUGGGACUGAGCCCACGCAGCCAGAUCCCACGCAGCGCUUUCUCUGCGAGCCCUAUUAGGGCCCUUCAAGGAAGAAGGGAGCCUCCUGUACCCUGACCCUCCAGGCACGGCUCCUCGGCACGAGCAGGACGCUGGGUUUGCCUCCUCCACCUCCUCCCCGAGCCCUCAGCUCCUCGCUCCUUUCCUUUCCCCGGCUUCUCCGCUCGCCCAGCGCCUCCUGCUCGUCCUGGGGCUGUCGGGGGGCUCCAUCCUGCGGGGCUGGGGGCUUCAUCCUGCAGGGAUACAGCCGGGGCUGGGCCCAGAGGUGCCCCCCCCCGCUGUAUGGGGCCGGGCCCGUCCCCUCCCACCACGGCCCCGCGCGUGGAGCCAAGUUCAAACCGCGAGCCCCAGCGCGGCGGCGGCGGAGCGGGACGCGGAGGGGGGCCAGGCUGUGGGGGCCCCCCGGUGCCUGCGGGGCUCCAUGAUUCUCCCCAGGGCCCUUUCCUGCGCUGUGCUGCUGCUCCUGCUCCUCGCCGUGCUGGGCCGGGGCAAGAGGUGCAGCAUCGCCAGGAUCCUGCGGCAGUACCGCGCCGUCAUCUUCCACGAGAUCCAGAACCUGAAAAACCUGAGUGGCUCGGCGGAGAGGAGCAGCCGGGCAGGGCUGGCUUGCCGCUCGGACAAGGACCAGAAGAUCCUGCUGGCCAUCUACAACAUCAGCAUGUCCCUGCGGGACGUGGCGGGCGGCACCCUGCGUGGCCCCGAGGAGGUGGCGGUGUGGAAGGUGGCCAGGAACACCGAGUUCGUGCUGAGGGAGAACUGCAGGAGAAUCGGCAAGCAGAGCCCACCCCGCGCCCCGGUGCAGCCCCGCUGGGAGGAGGAAGCAGCUGAAGGAGAUCUCCAGGAGGGCGCAGCGGCUGGCGACGUGCUGGGAGAAGCUCUACGCCCUGCACGGCCCCCCCCGGGGCUCCUAGGGGUCCCCUCACCUCCUCCCCGCUCUGCUUUCGUGCCUGACGCCGCCUGGUUUUUGGGACCUGGGGGAAAUUCAACCCCGAAGUCAGCCAAAGAGGUACCAGGGGGUGCCCGGAUUUAAUUCAUCCUCUUGUUUCGAGUGGGACCCCCGGGACUGGCCCCGGUGCACGGGGUGGGUGCCGGAGGGGGGCUGCAGCCCCGAGCUGGACAGCCCCGAGCUGGGGGAAGAAGAAGGGGAAGCCCAGAAAAAAAAGAGAAGAGAGAGACCCUGAUUUCUGUGAUGCUCCUGCCCCUGCAUCACCAGCUGCUUUUUUUUAGGGGGGGGGACAAUGGCUGGUUUUUUGGGACCGAAAAAGGACAAACUGGGCCAUGGGGCUGAGGUUUCUGCUGGCACUGGACUUUUACGCACCCAUCGGUGCCCGUAGGGUGCCUGUAGGGUGCCGGGGUGAGCCCCUGCCCCGAAAACACUGAAACCCCCCCCCCAGGACUGCUCAGAGCCUCGCUGCAGCUCUGGCUGCUCGGAGCUGGGGGGGGGGGAGCCAAAAAUAAAUCCCCUCCUUCCCUCGCAGCCUCCUUGGCUGCUUUCUCUGC